AUCAGCGUCAAACCCACAGCACAGCACGAUAGAUAUAACACUCUCAUCACCAUCAUCCCAAGGAAGCUCACACGUCCCCCAUUCAACUUUCACCAUUAUUGUCCACGAUACAAACACAUAUUCUAUUAUAUUAUAUUCCCUCACAUAUUAUACGCCCGUUGCUUCUGUUGCUGGGGGGAAAAGGAACCCAUCAUCAAAAAGUUAUCUUCUUGCCCCUCAAUUUCAUCUCUCUGUCUCUCUGUGAGUGAAACCCAGAUUCUAUUUGUCUUGGGAGGGUGAGAAAUGGAGGUGAUAGACUACGGGGCAUCGAUUCUCUAACAGCGAAUUAACUUUUAGGGCUCAGGGUUUUGAAGGAGGACUGUUCUGGGUUGUUGUGUGGAAUGGCGGUGGAGUACAAAUGUUGCGAAACAGGGUUCUUCAUUCACAUCGUUGUAAUCGUUCUUCUGGUUGCUUUCGCGGGUUUAAUGUCGGGACUUACGCUGGGGCUCAUGUCGCUCAGCCUUGUUGAUCUUGAAGUUCUUGCCAAGUCUGGAACUCCCCAAGAUCGUAAACAUGCCGCAAAGAUAUUACCCGUUGUGAAAAAUCAACAUCUGUUGCUAUGCACACUCCUAAUUUGCAAUGCUGCAGCCAUGGAGACGCUUCCAAUAUUCCUUGAUGGUCUAAUUUCAGCUUGGGGUGCUAUCCUGAUAUCUGUCACUUUGAUUCUUUUGUUUGGUGAGAUCAUACCACAGUCGGUGUGCUCGAGAUAUGGAUUGGCUAUAGGGGCUUUUACAGCGCCAGUUGUCCGUGUUCUUGUCUGGAUAUGCUUUCCCAUUGCAUAUCCUAUUAGCAAGCUGUUGGACUUCUUGCUAGGUCAUGAGAAUAAAGCACUUUUCCGUCGAGCUGAAUUGAAAACUUUGGUUAAUUUGCAUGGAAAUGAGGCGGGUAAAGGUGGAGAGCUCACACACGACGAGACAACGAUAAUUGCUGGUGCUCUCGAGCUUCAUGAAAAAACAGCUAGUGAUGCCAUGACCCCUAUAUCUGACACGUUUGCAAUAGAUAUUAAUGCAACACUGAACAGGGGUUUGAUGAGUGUGAUUUUGGAGAAGGGGCAUAGCAGAAUACCAGUCUACUAUGAGCAGCCUUCAAACAUAAUAGGGCUUAUUCUGGUCAAAAACUUGCUGACUGUCCAUCCAGAAGACAACAUUCCUGUGAAGAAUGUUACUAUUCGGAGGAUUCCACGGGUCCCGGAAACUAUGCCAUUAGACGACAUCUUGAACGAGUUUCAGAAGGGUCACAGCCACAUGGCUGUGGUCGUACGACAAAGCAACAAGAAGGCAGAACAGACUGCCACCGAAGCCUCUCCCAAUGACGUGGUACCCGACUUGAAGAUAGACAUUGAUGGCGAAAAGACUUCCUUACAUAAGGGCCUUAAGAAGGUACGAUCACUGCAGAAGGUGAAAAGCUAUCCCAACACCGGAAGCAAUUCGUUCAAGGGCUCUAGGAGCAAGAAGUGGAAGGACAUGUAUGCAGACAUUCUGCCAAUGGAUGGAAACCCAUUGCCAAAACUCCCCGAAGAAGAAGAGGUCGUCGGAAUAAUAACCAUGGAAGACGUUAUCGAAGAGCUUUUACAGGAAGAGAUCUAUGAUGAGACAGAUCAUCAGGUGGAAGAAUCAUGACACGAAGUUAUCAUCUUAUAUGAAUGCAAGAAAUCCCAAGAAUAUAUAUAUGCAAGAAGAGAAAUUUUUGAAUCUGUAAUAUAACUAUACAUUUCUGUGGUGGGCUGUAAUCAGAAUCAAUUCCCAGAGAUGUAAAACACUAUAUUUUGGAUCAGAUAAUUUGCUGUAUUUUAGUUAAACUAUAUUCAUUUUCUCUCGAAUUUCUCCUUUUUGUAACUAUAUAUAUUAGCAUAACCAUCAUCUUGGAUGUGGAAAUAUAUCAAUAUUUAUUUAUU